AUGUUUUCAUUAUUUAAAACUAAGCUCACUCAAAAAGAGGAAUAUUGCCUCAGAAAUCAUAAAUAUAGAUGUAUUGAUAGAUCUAUUUUAUCUGCUUAUAUUUUUAAAAGGUAUACAUCUUUCGUUCUUAAUAAUACGCCAGAGACCAUUUCUCCUAAUAUGCUUACCCUUUUCGGAUAUAUUAUUAUGUUAUUUAACUUUAUAACAGUUAUUCUUUAUGAUGUAGAAUUGUGUUGUAAAGAAAGUUGGAUUUCUCUUUUUAGUGCGAUGUGUUUAUUUUUUUAUUUUACAAUGGAUAAUUUAGAUGGAGCACAAGCUCGUAAACUUAAAGAAAUGUCUCCUUUAGGACAAUUAUUUGAUCAUGGUGUAGAUUCUUGCGUCGUGUUUUUUUGUAUGAUUACAUUAAUCUCUUCAUUACGACUAGGUUUGUCCUUGACAUCGCUUUUGGUUAUUCUAACAGUUAUGUAUGGGUUUUAUUUUUCUGGAUUGGAGGAAAAAUUUACUGGUUUAUUUGAAUUUGGUUUUAUUAGUGGGCCUACAGAAGGUAUAAUGUUUAUUAUUAUUCUACAUCUUAUGUCAGCAUUUCGUGAUACAUCAUUAAGUUAUACAGUAGAUUGUUUUACACAUCAUUCAUCUUUAACUCGUGUUAUUACAUUUGUACCUGUAUCUCCAUUGUUUCUUUUAUCGUUGUCUGUCUUUAUUUACAACUAUAUUUCCUCGUAUUUUAAAUCACUUAAAUUGACUAAAAUUAAAAAGCGCAGAGAAGUGUUUUUUAGUUAUUUUAGUAUUGGGUUAUUAAUUCCACCUUUAUAUACCUUACAUUCUAGAUUUUUACUGCGUCCAGAUUUGCAAAUUAUUAAUUUAAUAAUUUUUGCACAAAAUUUUUCACUGAAAUACAUCGAAGAAGUCUACUGUAAUAUAAUUGGUGGUCGAGCUCAUUUUUACAAUUUUUCUUACAUUUUGUACGUUUUGUUUGCGAUUAGUGCUUAUUUUUUCGAAUCUGCAUCUAAUGGUUUUGUUUUGGUAUGCCUUUUUUUUAUUACUUUUUGUUAUUAUUUAAAUUCUAUUUACAAUGCAAUAUUUGCCUGUAAGACAUCUUUAAAAAUUAAUAUUUUGUCUCUAAAUAAAAAAAAUUAA